AUGGAUUCCAACUUGGUUACGGGCGACUUGGUGCUGUGCAAAGUCGGGUCUUUUGCGCCAUGGCCCGCCGUUGUGUUUCCACAACAAUUCUUGAGAAAGGACGUGUAUCGUCGAAGGAAAGCAGAGUGUGUGGCGGUGUGUUUCUUCAAUGACGAGACGUACUAUUGGGAUAGGCCCAGCAAGCUAAGGCGGCUAUCAAAAGAGCUUAUUGACGAGUUCCUUGAACGAGCUGCUGCCAGCAACGCAGAAGAUCCAACCCUAGUAGAGGCGUACGAGGAGGCUCGAGGUUUUGCAUCGUUGCACGAAUUUCUUCUGCAACGAAUGCGAGAGGAGAACCGUAUGCAAGACUGGGAUGAAAAUGCUGACAAGGGCGCGAAAAUUGAGGCUGGGCAAGAUCCCUUCGAAGGCAAAAAGUCCGGCGACAAGAGCCGCCCUGCAGCGGUCACGAAGCCCAAAAGAGAAAGAGCAGCAGUGGCCCCAAGCUCCUCACGGUCUGCCUCAAGCUCCUCGCGAUCCCGGUCUGUCCCUAUGUCUCCCUCUGCCGCUUCAGGCAGAAAACAUGUGCGACUAGAUCAUGCUAAGCGAAUAGAGAUAUCCAUGCUUUUGCGUCGUAAGCUUCAAACAAAUUUAGUUCAACGGGAAACUCCGCCUGGUAUUGAGGAAGUAAAAGAAUCGCAUAAAUUACUGGGUAAAAUUUCGGAAAAUAUGGCUUCUAAUCCGGACUUUUUUGACCUAGACGCCCUCAGACAGAGCAAACUGCACAAACUCCUAAAAGUUAUCGCUGGUGAUGACAACUUGAAAGAAUUCCAUGGCCAAUGUGGUGAGAUUUUGGAAGCUUGGAAGGAUGUAAUUGCACAAUUGAGGAAGGAUAAACUGAAGUCUCAGGAGACUUAA